AUCGCUUGUGUCCGUGCCUUGCCUUGUUACGUUUCACGCAUAGUUACUGCUUAUUGCUCUUCUUCUCGCUUUCUCCUUCACCAUCUCUUCGUCCUUCCCGCCUGCCGUCAUCUUCACUUGCCCAAAAGUCGCCGACGGUCUGAGCAGUCGCUGUGCCCAUGGCCGACGAAAAGCCUCGCGCGAUUAUCUUCGGCGGUCUAAAUACCUGGUCGCGCAGAUUCGCCUGCCACCUCGUCCCAAAGGAUGGCGAACCGCUCGUCUCGCAUCUUCGCAUCGUCGACAAGUUCUCCGUGUCGCCGCCUACAACAUACCUCGGCUCGGACUUUAAAGAUGUACUGCCGUCUCCCAUUGUUGAGUACAAGCAGGCCAAUUUGACUAUUCCGGCCACCGUCAGUAGGAUGUUCGAUCCGCCCGAAGGUCAUGCAGCCUAUUCUUACGUCUUUGAUUUGACCGGCGAGGUUAGGCACGAUCGGCUGGACAUGAUUCAAAUCAGUCAAACGGUGAAUAUCGCUCGAUUGGUUGGUGAAGAGGCUGCACGGCGUAAUGUCAAGGCAUAUGUUCGCGUCACACAUCCGUUCUAUGACACUCCGGAAAAGGGCAUACAUGACGAGAAGGAGAGUAUCAAACCCUCGGGCAUUCGCGGCGUGUGGUGGCACGAGACACUGCGCGUGCUGGCGAAUAUUGAGAAUUUGAAUCUCGUUAUCUUGCGGCCCGGGCUCGUCUACGGUCCUUACAUAGAAUAUGGGAUUAUACCGACUACUAUGGCUGUUGCGUCCGUGUACGGAUAUAUUAAGAAGCCUAUGAAGGGCCUAUGGUCGCCUGGUAAGAAUCCAAUGAAUACAGUUCAUGUCGACGAUGUUGCGGGGGCUGCCGUUGCUUUGGCACGAUGGAUCGAGAAGGAGGGACGGAAGCAGGCUGACAUCCUAGCAGGGGAAGAAAUUACUGCUAAUGACAAGAGCAAAGUUAAAGCAGCCGAAACGGAUACGUUACCGGAACCCAGCAAGAAACUUAUUGCACCUUUGUUCAACCUGGUUGAUGAGUCAAACAGCACGCUCGUUUCAAUAGGGUCCGAGAUAUGUUCGGUAUUCGGUACAACCUUCGGUUUCCACGAUUUCUUCAUGACGACUAUGGCAAGGAUUACCAAACUCUCCACCUCGGUCAUCGAGGAUAUCAACGAGGAGCAUGUCGGUGGAUGGACAGAAAUGCUUCAAUCAUCAGACCCGCCCAUCAAUGGAAUGACGCCCGUAACAGCAUAUAUGGACGACUCAAUUCUACAGAAGAUCUCCGUUGCGUUUAAUGCUGAGAAGAUCAAGAACGUUGUCGGCUACCAACUGAAGCACCCGAAAUUCAGUCAAGAAGAGCUAAAGGAUAUUGUCGAUAGAUGGAAAGAGGAGGGCAGUUGGCCCCGCGUUGAGCCCAAGGACGCGGCUACGUAAUGUCUAUCCUGAUGUACUAUGCUGUCUUAUGUCGAACGGUGGUGGUCGUAUUUGCUUUGACGUAAUUAUCUGCAUCAAUAUUUCCUCUUACCUGGUCGUUUUCUCUCUGCUCUUUCUUAUUUGUUCGGCCUUCUCCCUCACUUUCCUGCCUUAAUGUCAGACUUGUUUUACUCUUUGUCCUCCCUCCACUUCACUCAAUCUUUCUUUUGGUCUGUCCCUAACGUGACACUUGUCAUCCUCCCCUCCUCCACUUCACGUUUCUGUUUUACUCCCCUUAAUUCGUUUUUCCCACGUUUAUUCUGCACAGUGCUGUUUUUACGACGACGUGUUACGAAAAGCAUAUAUUUUCGUCCUUCCUCUUUCUCUUCCUCG